GGCCGGCGCGGGGACCUCAGUCGGAGCGGCGGCGCAGCCUCCACAGCGGGCCGGGAUGAGCGGGAGCGGCGCGGCCCCCGGCCCGGGCCCCGGCUCCUCCCCGGCAGCCUGCCGCUUCGCGCACUACUUCGUGCUGUGCGGGAUCGACGCUGACAGCGGGCUGGAGCCGGACGAGCUGGCGGUUUUGUACCAAUGGCUAGAAGCAGAUCGCCAUGGCAAGAGCCAAGAUGCUGCAAAUACGACUUCAGGUGAAAAUUUUGACCAGAGUCCUUUGAGAAGAACAUUCAAAUCCAAAGUUUUGGCACACUAUCCUCAGAACAUAGAAUGGAACCCAUUUGAUCAAGAUGCAGUAAACAUGUUGUGCAUGCCGAAAGGUCUGUCUUUCAGAACACAGGCUGACAAUAAAGACCCUCAGUUCCACUCAUUUAUAAUCACCCGUGAAGAUGGUUCUCGCACAUAUGGUUUUGUUCUCACUUUUUAUGAAGAAGUAAGCAGCAAGCAGAUUUGCACGGCUAUGCAGACGCUCUACCAGAUGCACCAUGCCGAGCAGUACAGCGGCCUGUACGCCUCGUCCUCCUGCAGCAUGGACUCCCUGGCAAGCAGUAUUGAUGAGGGAGACACAACGUCCCUCCUGAAACUCCAGCGCUACAACUCCUAUGAUAUCCACAGAGACACCCUCUAUGUGUCCAAGAGCAUAUGCUUGAUCACGCCACUGCCUUUCAUGCAGGCCUGCAAGAAAUUCCUCAUCCAGCUUUACAAGGCCGUGACUUCCCAGCAGCCCCCACCCUUGCCACUGGAGAGCUACAUUCAUAACAUUCUCUAUGAGGUCCCCCUUCCGCCACCAGGGAGAUCCCUGAAGUUUUAUGGUGUUUAUGAACCUGUCAUCUGUCAGCGGCCUGGGCCCAAUGAACUCCCCCUCUCUGACUACCCUCUUCGAGAGGCCUUUGAACUCCUGGGAUUAGAGAAUUUAGUGCAGGUGUUUACCUGUGUACUUUUAGAAAUGCAGAUCCUUCUCUACUCACAAGAUUAUCAGCACCUGAUGACUGUGGCAGAAGGCAUCACUACACUUCUCUUCCCAUUUCAGUGGCAGCACGUUUAUGUGCCCAUCCUCCCUGCCUCUCUACUACACUUUCUUGAUGCUCCUGUCCCUUAUCUGAUGGGUCUUCAGUCCAAGGAAGGAACUGACCGUUCUAAACUGGAACUUCCUCAAGAGGCUAACUUGUGUUUUGUGGAUAUCGAUAACCAUUUUAUUGAAUUACCUGAGGAGUUUCCACAGUUCCCCAAUAAAGUUGAUUUUAUCCAGGAACUCUCUGAGGUUCUUUUUCAAUUUGGCAUUCCUCCAGAGGGCAGCCUCCACAGCAGUGAGAGUGCCACCAAAUUGAAGAAUCUAGUUCUGAAAGAUCUGGUCAAUGACAAAAAGAAUGGCAAUGUGUCCACCAAUAACCUCAGCAUGUACGAGCUCCUGAAGGGCAAUGACACUAUAGCCCGCCUGCAGGCUCUAGCCAAGCGGACUGGGGUGACUGUAGAAAAAAUGGACCUCUCCUCCUCUCUGAGUGAAAAAGAAAAGGAUUCGAAGCUGCAGUGUGAAGAGGUGGAGCUUCGGGACUACCAGCUCAAUGUACAGCUGCGAGAGGUCUUCGCCAACCGUUUUACUCAGAUGUUUGCUGAUUAUGAAGCAUUUGUGAUUCAGACCGCCCAGGACAUGGAAUCUUGGCUCACCAAUCGGGAACAGAUGCAGAACUUUGACAAAGCUUCUUUCCUGUCUGACCAGCCUGAGCCUUACCUGCCAUUUCUUUCACGCUUCAUUGAAACUCAGAUGUUUGCCACCUUUAUUGACAAUAAAAUUAUGUCUCAAUGGGAAGAAAAAGAUCCUUUGCUUCGGGUCUUUGACUCUCGGAUUGAGAAGAUGAGAUUGUAUAAUGUAAGGGCACCUACCUUGCGGACGUCUAUCUAUCAGAAAUGCAGCACUUUAAAAGAAGCAGCCCAAUCAAUUGAGCAAAGACUGAUGAAAAUGGAUCACACUGCAAUCCACCCGCAUUUACUGGAUAUGAAAAUUGGUCAAGGCAAAUAUGAGCAAGGGUUCUUUCCAAAGUUACAGUCUGAUGUCUUGGCAACAGGACCAACCAAUAACAAUCGCUGGGUCAGCCGCAGUGCCACCACACAGCGCAGGAAAGAACGCCUUCGCCAACACUCAGAGAACAUUGGACUGGACAACGAUUUGAGGGAGAAAUAUAUGCAAGAGGCACGAAGUUUAGGAAAAAACCUGAGGCAACCCAAAUUGUCAGACCUCUCUCCUGCAGUAAUUGCACAGACUAACUGGAAAUUUGUGGAAGGCUUAUUAAAAGAAUGCAGAAUGAAGACAAAGCGCAUGUUGGUAGAGAAGAUGGGACAUGAGGCAGUGGAGCUGGGCCAUGGGGAAGCAAACAUCACUGGUCUGGAGGAGAACACCCUGAUCGCCAGCCUCUGUGACUUGCUGGAGAGGAUAUGGAGUCAUGGCUUGCAGGUCAAGCAGGGGAAGUCGGCCUUGUGGUCACAUUUAAUUCAGUUUCAGGACAGAGAAGAGAAGCAAGAGCACCUUGCAGAAUCACCAGUUGCCCUUGGACCAGAAAGAAGAAAGUCUGAUUCAGGAGUUAUGUUACCUACACUCAGGGUCUCUCUCAUCCAAGACAUGAGGCACAUUCAGAGCAUGAGUGAGAUCAAGACUGAUGUGGGGCGUGCUCGGGCAUGGAUCAGAUUGUCCCUGGAAAAGAAGCUUCUGUCCCAGCACCUCAAACAGCUGCUCUCUAACCAGCCGCUCACCAAGAAGCUCUAUAAGCGCUAUGCUUUCCUGCGUUGUGAAGAAGAGAGAGAGCAGUUUCUGUACCAUCUCCUCUCCCUCAAUGCUGUGGACUAUUUCUGCUUCACCAGCGUCUUUACAACCAUCAUGAUUCCCUAUAGGUCAGUGAUCAUCCCAAUUAAAAAGCUGAGCAAUGCGAUCAUCACUUCAAACCCCUGGAUCUGUGUGUCAGGAGAGCUAGGAGAUACAGGAGUAAUGCAGAUUCCCAAAAACCUCCUGGAGAUGACUUUUGAGUGCCAGAACUUGGGGAAGCUUACCACUGUUCAGAUCGGUCAUGAUAACUCCGGACUGUUAGCCAAAUGGCUAGUGGACUGUGUUAUGGUCAGAAAUGAGAUCACAGGACAUACAUACAGAUUCCCAUGCGGGCGGUGGCUGGGCAGAGGCAUUGAUGACGGGAGCCUGGAGAGGGUCCUCAUCGGAGAGCUCAUGGCAUCCACAUCGGACGAGGACCUGGCGCGGCAGUGCCGCACUCCCCCACAGCAGAAGUCGCCCACAAGUGCCAGGAGACUGAGCAUCACCUCCCUGACGGGAAAGGCCACCAAACCCAAUGCUGGACAAAUCCAAGAAGGAAUUGGAGAAGCUGUGAACAACAUUGUGAAGCAUUUUCACAAACCUGAGAAAGAGAGAGGGAGCCUCACUGUGCUGCUGUGUGGAGAAAACGGACUGGUGGCAGCACUCGAGCAAGUUUUCCACCAUGGGUUCAAGUCCGCCCGCAUCUUUCACAAGAAUGUUUUCAUCUGGGACUUCGUGGAGAGAGCUGUGGGUUAUUUCGAAACCACUGAGCAGAUUGUGUACUGUGAGGCUGAUGCCCUUGUUCAGAGGUCGUCCUGCAAAACCUUCUGCCACUACGUGAGCUCAAUCAACGCCGCACCUAGGAGCAUCGGGAAAGAUGGCAAAUUUCAGAUCCUAGUUUGCCUUGGAGCCCGGGACCACCUGCUCCCAGAGUGGAUCCCCUUGUUGGCCGAGUGUCCUGUGGUUUCCCGGAUGUAUGAGGACAGCGCGAUCCUGCGAGACCACAUGGCCGUCAGCACCCUCAUCCGCGUCCUGCAGACCAUCCAGGACUUCACCAUCGUCUUGGAAGGCUCUCUCAUCAAAGGGGUGGAUGUGUAGCCUUGCAGUCCUGACCCUUGGCUUGCUGUCCCUUCUCCAGCCGUGGGGACCCCACUUGGGCCUGUGGCUGUGGUGAGCACCGGCAGGGCUCCCCACCAUGGCCCUCAUGCCCAGCUCCACUCUGCAGCCUAGGCAAAGUGUCCUAUUGUAGUUCAUUUGAACCUGGAAUUUAGUAUAAAAUAGAGUAUUUUCAUGUGUUAGAUGUGUGUAAAUAUGCUAUCUUCUUUAAGAAAUUCUAUUACUCUAAUAAGAUACUUUUCCUAGAUUGACUAUUCCUGUGAUUUAAAAAAAAAUGAAGUAGCUUAAAGUGGGGGGCAUGGGGUGGGGAGCGUGGUGCUAGUCAGGAAGAAGCCAGUGAACCUGUAAAUCCCCCACCACCAGCCACCCAGCAGAUGCAGCCGUCCUUCUGUCUGUCCAUCCACCCACCCUGCUGUCCUGUUCCCUGUGUGGAGAAUGAAUGUAUGCACUAUACCUGCUGUACCAUAGUCCUUGUUGUGUUCUAAGUUAUAAACCAUUUUAUAAGUC